UUCCGGAAAUGGUUUGGGUAACUCUGAGCCAGGUCACAUGCUCAAUGUGUCUGCGUCAGAAGGAGACAGAGACUGAGUAGCACCUGCACGGUUCCGCGUACCAUUAUUCCAUCUGGAUGGGGGAGAAACAGACACAAAUCAUGAGUAGGAUCCCCUUAACACUGAGCCGUGUGGAGGAUGACAUAGGCUCGGCGGCGGUUUCUGAUUGGUCCAGCAUGAUGGCUGGCUCCUCAGGGCAUUGCCCUCAGCUGCUGCGGUGCCAGGAGGCGGACUCCAGCCGAGCGUGCGGGCGCAUGCUGUCGCCCAUCUACGGUAGCGCCCUGCCUCCCCAGGCCGCCGAGCCCGGCGCCGUCUGCAUCCCGUCGCCCUACGUGGAGCGCAGCCACGAUUUCGCCGGCCUGGCCCUGUACAGCCCCCCCGUGCUGGGCUUCGGCGGCACCGACAGCCCCUCCCCGCGGCCGGCCUUCCUCUGGCCCCCUCACACCCGCGUGUCCCCGCUCACCCUGCACUGCCACCAGUCCCACCACCCGCGCAGCGAGCCCUCCCACACCCCGUGGGCGGAGCCUAAGCCCCACUGCGCCCCGCCCAAGAGCAGCGAGCCCGAGGGAUGCCGGGCGCGGGACGGAGAGGAGCUGGGCGCCAGCUCCUCUGCGGGGGGUCCCUCGGAGAGGGUGGACGUGCACUUCUGCGCGGUGUGCGCAGACUACGCCUCGGGGUACCACUACGGAGUCUGGUCCUGCGAGGGGUGCAAGGCCUUCUUCAAGAGGAGCAUUCAGGGGCACAAUGAAUAUAUCUGCCCAGCGACCAACCAGUGCACUAUUGACAAGAACCGGCGCAAGAGCUGCCAGGCAUGCCGUCUUCGGAAGUGCUUUGAAGUGGGCAUGAUGAAGUGCGGCAUGCGGCGGGAGCGCGGGACCUAUCGGACUGGGCAGUUCCAGCGCCCGCCCCGAGCGCGGUGCUCCCGGGGGACCGGGACGGAGGCCUGCGUCCGACGGACCAGGGAGCUCGGCCCGUCCGUGCUCACGCCCGAGCAGCUGAUCUCUCACAUCAUGGAGGUGGAGCCGCCCGCCAUCUACCUGAUGGAGGAGGUGCAGAAGCCCUUCACCGAGGCCAGCAUGAUGAUGGCCCUCACCAGGCUGGCUGACAAGGAGCUUGUCUACAUGAUCAACUGGGCCAAGAAAAUCCCUGGUUUUGUGGAACUCGACCUAUUUGACCAGGUGCACCUGCUGGAAUGCUGCUGGUUGGAGGUGCUGAUGGUGGGUCUGAUGUGGAGGUCUGUUGACCACCCUGGGAAACUCAUCUUCUCCCCGGACCUCAUCCUCAACAGGGAUGAGGGCAACUGUGUGGAGGGGAUCAUGGAGAUCUUCGACCUGCUGCUGGCUGCCACCUCCAGAUUCAGGGAGCUGAAACUACGGCAGGAGGAGUUUGUCUGUCUGAAAGCCAUGAUCCUCCUCAACUCCAACAUGUACCUAGUCUCUCCUAACAGUGAGGAGGUGCUGCAGAGCCGGAACAAGCUGCUGUGCCUUCUGGACGCCGUGACUGAUGCUCUGAUCUGGGCCAUCGCCAAGACUGGCCUCAGCUUUCAGCAGCAGUCUGCCCGGCUGGCCCAUCUCAUCAUGCUGCUGUCACACAUCCGCCACAUUAGUAACAAAGGCAUGGACCACCUGCACUCCAUGACGAUGAAGAAGAUGGUGCCUCUGUACGAUCUCCUCCUGGAGAUGCUGGACGCCCAUAUAAUGCACAGCAGCCGCAUAUCCAACCCCAUCCCCCCUGGCCCUGGCCCUGGCCCCGCCCCUCGUGACAGCGGCCCCUCCCCCCAGCCACCUCCGGACCAUGGCCCCGACCACUUGAACCGUGGCCCCUCCCCCCAGACACCAGCAUCCGCGCGGAUGACCCCGAGCCCUACCUCCCCAGCCCUUGUAACCCAGAGCAUACCCAUGGCAACUUCUGGGAGCGUCAGCGUCGAGAGCAGCACUGUGGAGAGCAGUGUGCCAGAGACUCUAGAGCCUGAGUGUUUGGCUGACAUCCCACCACAGAAGGUCCCAACAACAUCCUGGGGUCGAGACUCAGGCCCGCCCUGAACCAACCCCACCUUACCCAAGAACCACCUGGGUUCCGUUGACCCACAGGAACCUGGGAGCUGGUGCACCUUCUCAAAACAAAGGAACUGUGGGGAACUGGAGGGGGGAAUAUCAAUCCAUUUGCCAUUUCUACAAAUCACCAAGGUCUUCUUUGUGAAAUCUGUCCUGUUAAUACAAAACCGAAUCCAUCCUUCAGCAGUCAGUGUGUUUCUCUGAUUCUCUGUACAUAGGCGAAAGCAGUGUUGGUUUCUAACGCAAGUAGAUGAUGCAUGUAUAACACCCCUCACCACUUUUGGACGAUGAGGCAAAUGAGGAAGUGUAUAGAGUUCACAGGCAUUUGUUAAAGUGUCUGUAUUAAGUUGGGGCAUUUAGUUCAGCUGCAAGAGGGCCAUGUACAUGCUGGUGUUUACUCCAGCUUGCUUCAGGGUAGAUGCUAUAAUCAGUGGUUAUUUACACAUUCAUUUAGCGUAGUCUCAGCUUCAAGUAUUUCAGUAUUUCCGCAUUCCGCAUUACACAUUCCUCCACUCUCGCUGGUGAAGGCCAGCUAAUGAAAAGGUCCUUCUCAAAUGUAAAUUCAUUUUUCUCCUUUUUUUAAAUGUAACAUUUAUUUUUUACGAAAAGAAUCCUCCCAAUUCAAAGUGCCUCUUUGCUUUAUAUAUUUUGAAUAAAUUAUUGAUUAUGACCAAAUUUGUGCACCUGUAACCGUCUGUCACAAAACAGCAGUAUACUUUUUCGGAAAUAUAAAAAACUAAAUUUAUGCAGCUAACCAAGUGACCCAAGCAGUAAAGGCUGUCAUGGAAUGGACUUUGACACCCCAGCCAUAACCCAGUCAGUAGGCUAUGUGUUUCUGCAUUUUAUCUCAAGCUGGAACUUAGUUCAGUGACGUAUUUAAAUUACUUUGAUUGAAAAUGUUCAGGGCCUGCCUUUGAGAGGAAAAUGCUCAGAGGCUUCUGAAUUAGUGCUUGUGCACUGUAGCAGUUGUUGACAGAGAAGUGAGAAAACAAAACUAAUGUGCGUCAUUAAAACUAAUGUGCAAAGAACGAUUGUUCAUGUUUUCACAUUCAUGUUUUUGGUGAUGUAUUUGCAAUGCUAUUCUUGUUCCAGUCGCCAGAUUUUAUAUAUGCGUAAAACUCUUAACCCCCACCCACCUCCCACCAUAAAGCCAUUCUAUUUAAGGAUCAAAUGCAAUUGGCCAAACAUGUUUAACAUGAUUGCUUGUCCGGAGGCAAAAGCCAUCGCGCCUCAGACAGCCUGUUGUUCCACUGCUCUGUCACCCUGUUUCUGAGUAGAAAAACUCCAGUUGCCAUAGCCACAGGCAGGUCUGAUGGCAUAAUCAGCAACAUAAUGGUAAUGUCUGAUCGGCUCGGUGCAUACAGCGCUGUGCCAGACAACUGCCCACCUCCUGUUCUCCCCAAAAUGUACACCCGCUCUCUUACUCUAGGGUCUGUUAAAGUCACAGAAAAACGUUGCGGGUACAGCAUGUCACAUAAAAACAUGGAGUAUGUGUGUUGUAUGCCUUUAAGAAUGGGUAAGAGAAUUGAAAUGCUACAAACUGCUAACAUUCCUGAUUAGCAUGAAUGCAAAAUUCUGAAUCUUUGAUUUGAAUAACACACCUGGAUAACAAGUUAAGGCUGUUCCUGCAAUGUUGCUUGUGACUUGAAGAGAACGUUCGAGGGGCAUCCAGGAAAGAGGACCAGUGUGCAUGCUGGAAACAUUUACCCUAGCUUUAAUGUUCCCCAGGGAAUGUUCUGAGAACCAAAACUGUUCACUAGGCCAGUGGCUGAUAUUGGGUCCCAAUAGUCCUCUGUUGUUCUGAGGCACCAAAUCAGUCUGUCACAAAGUGCUGGCCAUGUCAAAAAAAAACA